ACACUUGUCCAGAGACUUGUGUUAAUCGGCACUGGGCACGGUGCCCUGCAUUCAGACCAGUACACCAGCACACCGUGGCAGGCGGGGGAGAGCCUAAAGCCCUGUGGCUCAGUCAGGAACAAUGGAGGGCCCAGCAAUGUGCUGACUCCUACCCCGUCCCACAGGCCUGGGCUCCAUUCACCACCACUGUGUAUAAAUAGGCCCGUUUACUCAGGGGUCAGGACAUCGUUUUGUGGAGCCCCCCUUGAGCGCUACACAGCUAUUUUUUGGGGUAGGUCAGGUCAAUUAUUACUGAGAUAUCAAACAUGGCGCUGACUACUCCUAACCCAAUGGGACCAUGGAAGAUCACAGUCUACGACCAGGAGAACUUCCAGGGAAAGCGUAUGGAGUUCACUGCUUCCUGCCAGAACAUAAUGGAGUGUGGCAUGGACAACAUCCGCUCCCUGAAGGUCGAAUGUGGAGCCUGGGUAGGGUACGAGCACUCCAGCUUCUCUGGGCAGCAGUUUGUGUUGGAGCGUGGAGAGUACCCUCGCUGGGAGUCCUGGAGCGGCAGCAACGCCUACCACAUCGAAAGGUUGAUGUCCUUCCGCCCAGUCUGCUCUGCCAACCAUAAGGAGUCCAAGAUUGUGGUGUUCGAAAGGGAGAACUUCAUUGGCAAGCAGUGGGAGAUGAACGAUGACUACCCCUCCCUGCAGGCCAUGGGCUGGGGCAACAACGAGAUCGGAUCCAUGCAGGUCCAGAGUGGAGCCUGGGUGUGCUACCAGUUCCCCGGUUACCGCGGCUACCAGUACAUCAUGGAGUGCGACCGUCAUGCCGGAGAGUACAAACACUACAGGGAGUGGGGCUCCCACGCUCAGACCUUCCAGGUCCAGUCUCUGCGCCGCAUCCAGCAGUGAGAGCUUCCACGGCCUCCUCCCUUUUUCACCCCUCCUCUUCCUCCUCUCCCUCCUCCUCCUCUUAUCCUUCCUCCACCCUAUCAUUCCAAGCUUGGCCAGUAGUCCUGUCAGACCUCUAAGACCAACGGCUCCUGACGCUUCUGGUGCUCCACAGCGACAAAGAUGUUUACAGCACUUUUGUUUUGUUCCAUCGCCGAAAGAAGAAAAUCGAGAGAACGAGAGAAUAAGAAAGAAAAGAAAAGUGAGGGAUACGCCCCACAGUGAGCGGAGAGAAGGGUCUCGGGUGGUACGACUCAGGCUUUGAUGCUGUUCUCAGUGUUGUCACGGGGAAUUCACAGCCACAGUGAUCAAUAAAGAAAGAAUGAGCAACAAAAAUAAACAGCGAUACAAAAGUCUGCUAUUAACCUG